AUGCUUGGCCCGAAGGUAGCCCGCGUCUUCCUCCGCAAGCGGAGAGAUGAGACGGGUGAAGGUCAGCAACCCUCCCAGCGAGAGGUUCUCAUCACCAACGAGACCAUCGAGUCUCUCCUCCACCUCCGUCAGACCGACGCCGCCAACCAGCUCGGCAUCUCCCUCACGGCCCUCAAGAACGCCUGCAAGUACCUUGGCUUCGACAACUGGCCGACGGCGAGGAGCAACCUCGUAGCAACUCAGCCAACAGCCUCAGUUGCACUCCCGUCCGUCACCUCGCCGGCUCCGGCUCAGACUCGGAACCCUCGGAAUCGGUUGGUAGCCGAAGGAGAGGCCGGGCGAUCAGGGUUAGUGGGAAGCAGGAAGGCAGGACGGGGAGAGAAGAGGCAGAGGCUCGCAGAGAGUAUCCCAGCAUUGAAAAGCCACGGGCUUGAGGAGCUGAUGCUUGACGCGCUGGAGCAUGUGGCAGAUCUAUGA